AUGAAGCAAUCUCUUCUUCUUUCAAUCUUAUUACUACUCAUAUCAUCAUCAUCACUUGUUACACCAAUCCAUGCACGUACCAAAUCACACCAUGCAAAGUCUCCAGCUCCAGCACCAGGACCAUCAGGCUCUGAUUGUUCUUCAGUGAUAUUUAGCAUGAUGGACUGUCUCACAUACCUUAGCAUCGGUUCAAACGAGACUAUGCCAGAGAAAUCUUGUUGUGAUGGUAUAGAGACAGUUUUGCAAUUUAACCCACAAUGCAUUUGUGCUGGUUUGGUUAGUGCUAGCCAAAUGGGUAUUGCGUUGAAUAACUCAAGAGCUCUUGCUACUCCUAAGACUUGCAAACUCUCCAAAUCUCCUCCUCAUUGUGGUAUAAUACCAAGCGUUACGACGACACCAAGUGCAUCUCCUGUUUCCCCAUCGGCUGGAGCAACACCUAAGACUUCACAAACUCAAUCUGCAGCCAAGUCGCCGGCGACUUCGCCAUCUUCGGAAGCGACACCGUCAAUGACUGCACCGUCGCCUUUAACUAGUGGCACGAACAUCCUCUCAGUUCCUUCACUCACCGUCGUUGCCAUUAUAGUUUCUUCUAUUUCUUACAUUUUGGCUUUUUCUAGUUAA